UUGUUCAUUCCAUCUCGUCCACCGAACACGAAACUAUUUGCUCACAUCCUCUGCAAUUCGCUGCAUGACAACACUUCCUUCGAAUGAAAUCCCUGUCCGCAAACGAACUUUUGGAUACACUCCUUAAAACAUAUAUUUAUUGGGCUUGAUCGCAUGGAUAUGGCUUGGAACAUCAAACACAAUGACACCCGAGCCUCAAACCCCGAGUAAGACAGAGCAGCAAGACCUAUUCGACACAAAAUUGGACUUAUUGAGCCGGGAAUGGGAUUUGGGAAUCAAGCCGAAGACCAAUUAUUCGCCGGAAAAGAGAGGGAGAAGCUUGAGCGACCAAUGUAUCGAAAAGAUCCGAUUCCUUCACUUUAAGAAGGCGUUUGAUCCUGCUCUCCUACGAUUCAGGGAGCAGGCCACCAUUCUAUACAGUGGAUGGGUUCACAAACCCAAAGCGGAGCGUGGUGUUGUCCCAGAGGCGACACGAAACAAGCCCAGGCCAGUCACGGAAAGAGAACGUGUCCAACUGCUCAGGCUACUCCUCGGGAUCUUGAAGGAAGACAUGUCAAAAUGGAUGGCAGAGAAUACACCAUCUCCAGCGCGAUUCUUAGGCAGCCAGGAGGUUGACGAUAGCCCACUUCCACUUUCGUUGGGCCCAAAACCGAACAGUGAUCCAAAACGGCAACGGGAUGAGGAAGUCUUCUCUAAGGCUCCCAUCAUCUUCAAGAAGCCACGAAAACCGGACGCUCCUCAGCCAAUUGCAAGCAGUUCUAAGGCCCCGGAGUCACUUGCUCCCGGCUCCAUGCCUCCCCCUGAGGUCAAAUCGGCGAAUACGAGCUUUGCCUCGGAUGCGUCCAGUAUUUUCUCUCGCCGCCCAUCGUAUAAUAGCUCAUGGCAGCCCGGUACUCAGGAAACCGUCCCUGAAGAUGAACUCAUACCUCACACUCAAGCCGUAAAAGAAUCGUUCAUAUAUCCGCAACCCGACAAGGAAUCUAGCACCGACUACGGCACCAGUAGCUUUGAGGAGCGAAUGGCGGAUGUAACAGAGGAGGCUCUUGGUAUUGAAGCCGCAAGUCCUGAACCCCGACUAGACAGCCAAGCGGACGAAGGAGAGGGCGAAGGACUUUCACAAAAUUUGUCAGGUAUGGUGUUCGGUGAUGGUACCCUUCUCGAUUCGGAGAAGGAGUUCCAAGAUAGUCUGCUCGAUUCAGAAAAGGCGUUUCAAGACAGCCUGCGACAAGUGUUUUGCGAAUUGCCUUUCUCCCUGGAAUCCGCUUCUUUGCGUGUCAUUUAUGAAAUUACUCGAGUUUGCCUUCACGCCAACGUCUCUUUUACUGUGAUCGAUUUUCCUGAACCAGCUAUUUUAGACGACUACAACAUACUUUGGAGAUUUCUCAAAGGUGUGCCAGCCCUGGACGGGAAGUCUUUCCCCGAGAGAUGCUCAGAAACUAUUUGGGAUAUGGCGUCCGGUUCGGGCGACAUUGCUCAUGGAUUCCGGGGAAUAGUAUUCUCUGGAUCUCUUCGGUUCAAUACCGAAUAUCCCAGCGCUCCUCUGUUUCGAUUUGUACUCGAGCCUAUGAAAUUGGACCUCUCUCAUAGGUUAGAGCGACGAUUUGGCCACGAUCGCUUCUUUGAAAUCGACAUGCCGAACCUAAUAGGACGAAAUCUGCCAAAUUCACUGAAUGCUCUGGGAAGUCGCGGGCCUGAGAUCAUCCAUCAUUGGCUUGUCUCGUCUAAACAUCCUCUUGUUGGCAGAUAUUGGCAGCCGUUUUUCGUGAAAUCUGUUGAAAGAAAGGCGCGGAAGCGUGAAGCCAAAUCCGAAGAGGACGAAGUUGCUGCCGCGCAUCGGCUCUACUUCUUUGCUGUCGACAGCCAUGGAUACCAACAGUCCGAAUGGGAUGUUCGGACUAUCGAACAGCUCCUUAAUGCUAUUAGGCCAAGUGAGGAAAACAUGUCUCAGUCCUUCUUGAAGUUGUUCACCAGGACGUCAUUAGCUGUUUCCCGAAAUUCGGCAGCGGUCGUGUUGGAACCUAAUCAGAUACAUCACUUACCAGAUAUUUUGUGUGGGAAAGAGGUCAUGACAGAUGGAGCAGGUCGAAUCUCUAAGUCGUUGGCUAUUAAGAUUGCCACUAAGCUAGGUCUCACAAAUCUUCCCAGCGGUUUCCAGGCGAGAAUUGGAGAGGCGAAAGGCUUUUGGUCAGUCGGUAACAGCGAACAUCCUGGGGACUGGAUCGAAAUUUAUGCGUCCCAGUGUAAAUGGAAGUCCAACCCGAGCGAACAGAGCCAUCCUAGCAAUCGAACUUUGGACGUUCUUCGGUGGUCUAGCCCACUGAAAUCGGCAGAUCUUAACCUCCAAUUCCUGCCUCUUCUGAUAGAGGGAUCGAAAUCCCCUGCCAAGAUGAAAGAAGCACUCGCUGCACUCUUGAACGAGGGCCUCGAGAAGGAAUUACUUGCAAUCCAGUCAGCAAUGGACGACCCCCAGUCCUUUCGUCAAUGGCUUCGGCAGAGUCAUUCUAAUAUUAGUGAGCGACUGAAUGCAGGCAUGGUUCCUUACAGAUCUGGCUUGCCCGUUGCAAUUGGAGAACGGCUCAAUAUGCUCUUGGAUGCUGGUUUCGAGCCCAAGAAGCUGCACUUCAUGAAGGACUUGGCAUUAAAAGCUUUCGAGAAUAAGUGCCUUGAUCUGCAGAAGAAGCUGAACAUUACCGUCGGACGGUCGACCUACGCUUACAUGGUGCCCGACUUUUCUAGCAGUCUAGAGCCUAACGAGGUGUUCCUCGAUUUCUCGAGCUUUGCAGACAACGUAUCUGGCUUUGCGGGUACACUACUGAACGGCGUCGAUGUUCUGGUGGCGAGAUCGCCUGCUCAUUAUCGCUCAGAUAUCCAGAAAGUGAAAGCUGUCUUCAAGAUUGAGCUGAUAGGCCUGAAAGACGUAAUCGUUUUCUCUACCAAAGGUAAUCCUUCGCUUGCUGCGAAGCUCUCUGGCGGAGACUACGAUGGCGAUAUCGCAUGGGUCUGCUGGGAGCCUACUCUUGUGGACAAUUUUGAGAACGCAGAAGUUCCUGAAUGCCCUGAUCUUGUCAAGGAGGGCCUUAUCAAGCAAGAUCUGACCACAUACGAACAGCUUAUUGCCAGGCAUGUAGAUCCAACAGCAGUAUUUCUCACGAAAUCCUUUGCCUUUAAUAUGCAACGGUCUAUGUUGGGCAUUUGCACUGUUUUCAAAGAACAUGUUGCCUACACGCAAAGUCUUCAAGGCAAGCACAGCACAAAAGAAGUAGUCUGGUUGAGUACCCUACUCAGCUGCCUUGUCGAUCAGUUGAAGCAAGGUUAUUCAUUUACGGAAAAUGACUGGAACCGCUUCAAGGAAUUGGUAAUCAAAUUCACCCCUCUGAGACCCAAGUAUAAGAACGACGAUGGGCACUUUGAAAAGAAUGCUGAACACAUCAUUGACCAAUUGAUGUAUACGGCGCACCGGACUAUCAAGAACUCGAUCGAAGCCUUCCACAAAAGGCUUCCAAACCCACCACAUUGGGACCCAGAUCUAGUUACUUAUUACAAGUGGGCGAGAGGAAAAGCCGAAACAGAACCGGAAUGGAAGACUCUUCUGAAUGGCCUGGACAAGGACAUCAUUACAUUGAAAGUGGAAUGGACCCGAAAAUGGCCGCGAACAUCGAGAAGUUUCCAACAUGGCGAAGAAUCCAAGGCUGGCUUCGCGCAAAAAACUGACGAGAGCUAUGCAAUGUUUCAGACCAUUCUUCCGAAGACGGUUACUGCUCUCUCUCAGUCGCUGUUGCGCGAUUGUUACGACGUAGAAGUGUCGGAUUGGGCUCACCUCAGAGCUUCCGCGCUCUUCUAUUCGUACCACCUUAUAAAGACGGAGAUGUCAAGGUUCGUCUGGUUUAUGGCUGGCAAGCAACUGACAGCCCUGAAAUGCUAUUCCCGCGGCGGAUUUCCACCUGCCAUCACGCCAGGAAUGUACGCCAUGCUGAAACCGGAUGCAGAGUAUGUGAGAAGAGCCAAGGCUAACGAGCUGGUGUGGGAUGAGAGUAUGAGUGUCACGAAUGCGGAUGAGAUUGAAGAUCUCGGGGACGAGUGAGUGACAACCAACUUAGAACUGGUAUUG